AUGGCCGCCGGCGAAGUGUGCACAAGACUCUGGUUGACGUGGACAGCGCUCGUGUGGACCCUGUUGACGGGCUCCGGGGUCGUGGCGCACAGGCCCGGCUCCACCGUCGAGGAUUACGUCCCCCCAGCCCAGACCUACGCCCUGAUCGGGCAGGAUGCUGCACCACUUCUCGGCUGUCAGUUAAGGCUGUGGCCGCGGUUGCGAUUACACCCGGCCCGGACGGUGGCCACCCACAAGGUGGCCACAACCAGCGACAACCUGCCCGACCAGCCAGUGCUGAUUGUCAACGAAGUGCUGGAGGUGGGGCUCGAGUGCACGUGUUGCCACGACCUGCAGAACCUGAGUCGAGCGGCUCACCAAGCCGUGUUGAAGGGUCUCGGCGGAAAGGACGAAGAGACGGAGGGUCAGAGGUCGGCUGGAAUGUUGGUCUAUCGAGUGGUCUCGACGAAUCGGUUCGCAGUGAUCCCCUCAGACACCAGUACGCUGGACAUCAGCGAACGCCGGCGUUAUGACACCGCCGGCGACACUUCGGCCCGUCUGCCAGAGUGUGCCCUUCAUCCUCGUUGUGUCGUCCUCUACCGCGAGGUCCGAAACUCACCGGACUCGAACCAGACCCAGCCGGCGGCCAUCUACCUGGACGCUAACACCCUGGGACGCAGCCGGGUGAGCAUAGACCUGAUCUGGGUGAACGCAUCGCGCCGCGAAGACAAGGGCGGUGGACGACCCGAGGAUAUUCCGGCGCCUCCCUUCUUCUUUAGGGACUAUCAGGGCAGCGGAGAGCCGCCGCCCAAGGCGGUGGAGCUGCGCCGAUGGCUGGUCGCCAGGGGCCAGGUUUUCAAGCCCAACUGGACGGCCGACUACGUAGCGACCCGGGAGACGGACGUCCUGGACGCCCGGGCCUGGCUGCAGGCAGGCAAGUCGGGCGUCUGGCACGAUGGUAUGCGAGUGACAGUGCUGCUGAAGACGAUGAUCUUCUACACCGCGUUCGACUGGAGCUCCGUUUUUGUCGCCUGCAUGGUCACCAUCUCAAUUGGCUGUUGCACCAACCCGAUCAAGCUCCGAGAGUUGAUACAGAAACCAGCAGGCCUCAUCGCAGGCGCGAUAUUCCAGAUUAUCGUCAUCCCACUCGUAAGUGAUACCAUCGAAUCUGAAUAG